AUGAGAUUACACUCAUUACUCUGCCUUGUAGGAUUAGGCCAAUUAUGUUCUGCCACAACAAAGCGUGCACGCGACUACAACACCCAGGACUAUUAUGUUUUACAUCUUGAAUCAGGAAUACCACCUACACAAGUCGCUGCGAGGCUUGAACUUGUAUAUGAAGGCGAGUUGGGAAAUUUAGCCGAUCACCAUAUUUUUUCAAGUCAGAAGCAAGAAGAAGACAUAGUGCAAAUAUCCUUAAACAAAAGAAGACAGGUUAAAAGAAAUUACAAUGACAUCGAUAUGCUUGACGGCGUUAAAUUUGCUCAAAAACAAAAAGUAAAACCUCGAAUGGAAAAGAGGGGCCUGGUCGCUCCCAACCCCCGAGGUCAUAAAGCAUCGAUAGAAAGACGGGAUACUCCGGUCCCAGAACUCGUAGCCAAACAAUCUGAAAUAGCUAACAAGCUAGAUAUUAGAGAUCCCAUCUUCAAUGAUCAGUGGCAUCUUCUAAACGUCGUACAACAAGGCCACGAUGUCAAUGUGACAGGUGUAUGGCUCCAAGGUGUUACGGGACAUAAUUCGACAGUGGCAAUUGUCGACGAUGGCUUGGACAUGUACAGCGAUGACCUCAAAGAAAAUUACUUUUCAGAAGGCUCCUACGAUUUUAAUGACAACAGCCUAGAACCCAAACCCCAACUAUCCGACGAUAGACAUGGUACACGAUGUGCAGGUGAAGUUUCUGCUGUAAGGAAUAAUGUCUGCGGAGUUGGUGUUGCUUGGAGCUCAAAGGUUGCAGGUAUUAGAAUCUUAUCAAAGCAGAUAUCUGAUGCAGACGAAGCUGUUGCAUUGAACUACGCAUACGAAAGGAAUCAGAUUUACUCUUGUUCUUGGGGGCCUCCUGAUGACGGGAAAUCUAUGGACGCGCCUGGGAUUUUGAUUAAAAGAGCAAUGCUUAACGCAGUACAAAACGGUCGAGGUGGCUUAGGAUCUAUUUAUGUAUUCGCAUCUGGAAAUGGUGCCGCAAAUGAAGAUAACUGUAAUUUUGAUGGUUACACUAAUAGCAUAUACAGUAUUACUGUUGGAGCUAUCGAUCGGAAAGGUUUACAUCCCUAUUAUUCUGAAAAGUGUUCUGCACAGCUUGUUGUAACAUAUAGCAGUGGAAGUGGAGACGCCAUUCACACAACAGACGUUGGUUCCAAUCAAUGUUACUCUGGACACGGUGGAACCUCAGCUGCAGCACCCCUAGCAGCCGGUAUUUUUGCCCUCGCUCUACAGGUACGAUCUGAUCUCACAUGGCGGGACAUGCAAUACCUAGUCAUGCAGACAGCACUCCCGAUUGAUCUCGAUACCGGGGAAUGGCAGACAACUUCGAUUGGAUUAAAGUAUAGCCACACAUAUGGAUACGGAAAGAUAGAUACAUGGGCCACUAUCGAAGCAGCAAAGACAUACCAGAAAGUCCAACCACAAGCGUGGUUUUUUGCCCCUUGGAUUCAUGUCAAACAAGAAAUCCCUCAGGGAGAUGCCGGAUUAGCAGUUUCCUUCGAGGUAACGCAAGAAAUGCUUAGCAAUGCUAAUCUAAAGCGCCUAGAGCAUGUAACUGUAACAAUAAACAUCAAGCAUGGAAAACGUGGUGACCUAAGUACCGACUUGGUGAGCCCUGCAAAGAUUGUCAGUCACCUAUCAGUUGUCCGCCGCCAGGAUUCAUCGAAUAAAGGCUAUGAUGAUUGGACCUUCAUGUCUGUAGCUCACUGGGGUGAAUCUGGCGUUGGCACCUGGACAAUUGUAGUUAAAGACUCUGAAGUCAAUAAAUUCAACGGCACUUUUAUUGACUGGCACCUUAAGCUUUGGGGAGAGUGUAUUGACCCCUCUAAAGCGACCAUACUACCUAUGCCCUCUGAUCAUGACGAUGAUAACCAUGAUCAAGUCAUAAUCUCAACAACUACUAUUGCCGCAUCAACCACUUCCCUAGCCUCAGAACCGACACCAAGCUCUGAACCAGCUGCAAACCCAACGGAUCAUCCAGAGCGUCCCCAGAAGCCACCAAAGCCCACGGAAACUGCCGAUAAAACUACUCUGCCAACCGCCGCACCUGAUACAUCUAAUGAGCCAGCCCCAAAUGUCUCUGCAGUACCAAGCACUUGGCUACCUUCAUUUUUCCCUACUUUUGGUGUGUCGCCUAAAACACAAAUCUGGAUUUUUGGGGCAGCAGCUUUGAUCUUGAUUUUCUGCUUUGGCCUUGCCAUAUACUUCUUUAUCGCGCGACGAAAGCAUCUCCGAAACAAUCCCCGAGACGAGUGGGAAUUUGAUCUUCUCGAAGAUGACGAAGCUGAAGGCUUAAACGGGCUGAAAGCAAAUGGAAGAGGACGCAUGCGGCGUGCCGGAGAACUCUACGAUGCUUUUGCGGCAGGAAGUGAAGAUGAAAGUGAUGAAAACUAUGCCGACGACGACGAAGGAGGCGAUGAGCGGGAAAAGCGAUUAUAUGAGGACGAAGAUGAAGAAGGUGGAAAGCAUGUUAUCGGUGAUUAUGACGAUGAUAGUGACGAAGGCGAGAACCAGAAUGAAACUGGCAAAAUUUUAGGAGAAAAGGAGCAGAAGUUUACACGAAAGUAG